GAGCGUUAGUCGAGCGGUAAACAGUUCGACAAUGAGCCAACAUUGCGACAUCCAAUUGGAGAGGCCCAGUGGGGUCUACUUCUCCGGUGAGACGGUCAAUGGCCACAUCUAUCUAACCCUUACGGAGCGUGCUCUAUUAAAAGCGAUUGCACUGGAGGCCAAUGGCUAUGCAAGCAGCUCCUGGCUGAAGCCUCAGAAGCAGAAGAAAUCAAAGGCCAAAGACAAACCACAGGUUGUCAAGCCGCCGAUUGCCUUUGAGAAGCGUGUGGAUUACUUUGCAAAGGUUGAUUAUUUCAUGGGAUCGGAGGAGGCGCAUCCGCAGCUCAUGGAUGCGGGCACCUAUAGGUAUGACUUUAGUGUGCAGCUGCCACCAAGCUGCCCCAGCAGCUAUGAAGGGCCACAUGGACACAUACGCUACACGCUGCAGCUGAUGUUGCACCGCAGCACGAAUCAAACUGCUGAGGUGGCACUUUUACGCCCACUGCAGGUGUUGCAACGUUGCGACUCGCUGCCUGCCCAGUUGACGGCGCCUUGUGAGGUCCAGACUAUGGAGCAGACUGCGACACUUAAAUUCUGGCAGCGACCUAUGCAACUGCAGCUGGAUAUACCCAGAUCUGGUUACGAGCCCGGUGCAUGCAUCUCAUUGCACGUGAGGCUGGCCAAUCCGCAGCAGCUGAAGCUCAAAAUGUUGACCUACAAGCUCAACCUGGUCAGCACCUAUGUGGGGCAGCAGAAGGAUAAGCCGAAGCGUGCAGAGGCUAAAGUAGAUCGUCGCUAUUUGGUCAGCAGCAGCCAUCAGCUGAAUAACGUGGCACGUCAUGAGUUGCACAACUUUCAGCAUCUUCAUACGUUGCAAGUGCCACAGACACCUGCCACAUUGAGUGCCGCUGCCUGCACUUGCCUCCAGCUCAGCUACGAGGUGGAGGUAAUGCUGCAAACCACAUCGCCAGAGCGCUUCAUCAUGGCCCAGAUCCCAAUCAUUGUUAGCAAUCCGAUGUCUAUGCAGGAUGGCCUAAAGCAACCACCUUUCCCACGUUCUCAGUUCGAUCUGCCCGGCAUGGGCGUGGCAAGUGCACCUAAUCAGACACCCGAACCUGAUACCUUCGCCAUGGGAGCGCCUAAUCUAAGUCAGUCCAUGAGCUCAUUGACAGCCUCCAAUUUUCGAGAGGCAGAGUUCAUGGUGGCCACCAAUCUGAAUAAGAAAGAUAAGCAUGCCAUGUCCGGUGAGAACAUUGACUUUAGACCACGUUAUCUCUACUAUGAAAUGGAACAUGCCGAAACCGAAAAGGUUCUCUAAAAGCAGUGGAAACUGUAGAAACAGCGUUGAGAUUAGAUUAGUGGAUCUUAGUAAAUGUAUUUAUAUUUAUAAUUAAAAAAGUCAUUAACUAAA